AUUACAUUUCUCUCCAGCCGGUUCAACGGGGAACAUCGAGAACUUAACCGUGGGUUGUAUCCUAAUAAAAACUUUGGGAUGAGUUUAAAAGAAACUAUGGAAGAGUUUGGUAGACCGCCUGUCAAGUGGUUGGGUUUGGUGUCUAUGGCUGCAGCUCUUCUCAAGACUAGAGGAGCCUCGUGCUACUUCAGAAUCUGGGGGUAGCUGGAGUCUUCUGGAAGCCUCUGCAAGGCACAGACAGGCCAGGGUGCGCGGACCUCAGCCUCCUUCAGACGCCCCCCCCCCCCCCCCCCCGCUCACCCGCAGCACCUCCCGACUGAGGGGGUGAAGCAGAGAUGUCCGUAGCGCUCCUCCUUCUGUCGUCCUCCCUGCUGCUCCUGCAUGUGACGUGCACACCGCAGCAUUUCAGCCACUCUGGGCGGCGGGCCUGUGCCAGACAUGUCCCCCAUCUCAACACUGUCCUCCACACGGAGUCAUUCAUCCAGCCCGUCCAUAAGCCCUACAUAACCCUCUGCCAGGGGCAUCGGCUCUGCAGCACCUACAAGACUGUGUACAGAGUAUCCUACCGGCAGGUGAAUCGAGUGCCAGCGUCACACUUCUAUCCAGAAUGCUGUCCAGGAUGGAGACGAGUCCACUCUCACAACUGUAACCAAGCCAUGUGUGCCCAAGUUUGUGUGAACGGGGGCACGUGCAUAAGGCCCAAUCACUGUGCCUGUCCACUGGGCUGGACAGGACAGCACUGUCAGACAGACAUGGAUGAGUGCAGUGCCCUGAACCCCUGCUCCCAGUACUGCGUCAACACGGCGGGCAGCUAUCGGUGCGGGUGCAGGGACGGGUACCGCCUGGCAGGGGACGGGCGCUCCUGCCAGCCUCUCCCACCGCCUCCCACCCUGCCUGCUCCGCCCAGGCCAACCAGUCUCCCGCCACCCACCAGUCACGCAGGGGGAGGGCCAGGAGCUGCGGAAAACAUGACCGAGGAGGUGCAGAUCCUGAAGAACAGAGUGGAGCUGUUAGAACAGAAGUUACAGCUGGCCUUGGCUCCUGUCAGCAGUCUCUUCCCUCUGUCUCUGGAUGAGGGUGUGGCUGAGAGGACCACUUUCCUCACCCAUUCCAUCCAGCAGCUGGAUCGCAUCGAUUCGCUCAGCGAACAAAUCGGCUUCCUCGAGGAGCGUCUCGGGACCUGCUCCUGCAGAGACAAUUAGACACAGAAGACGAAGGCUUGGCUUCAGUCUCCGUUCUGGUCUGCUUCUACGUGGAUCAUCAAAUCCAAGAUGCCUGGUCCAGCAGUUUUACAACCCCUUGAUCCAUUACAAGGGACGACAUAUAUUUCAAAUGCUACUCAUGUUUGUAAGAGAGUGAAUACAGAAAGUAAUCACGAUGCAUACAUUUUGCUGUUACCCUGAAACUGAAAUGGCCAAAAAUGGCCUUUUUUCCAUUCAACACCUCAUAUGUUUUUAGUUUUUUUAAGUUAGUGUUGAUGAUGCUGUAAAUGUGACAAGUUUUGUCACACCCACAUAAUUUGGACAGCGGCACCAGAUCUAGUUUUGUCCUGUAGUUUAUGUUCCUCAGCACCCCCUGAACAGACAGCUUUAACACUGAACAGCGUGGUGCGGCAUUUACUGAUUUACUGUAGGUCUGAUAAAUUCCAAAAAGAAAGCAGGAUCAAACUGGAACCUUGUGCUGCUUUCCGUUUUUAUUGUCUCCAUUUCACCGUCUUUAUUCCAUUUUUAUGCGUCUGGCCCUUAGUCAGAACUAGACCCCUUUCUGAAGGGCAGACUUGGAUGUCUGUAUUUAUGUAUUUAAGUUAUAAAUUCAUGUGCUUGUGUAGAUGUGAUAGAUGAAUUGUGUCUGUCUUUUUUAUAAUAAAACAAAUUUGCCAGAAAAGAGCAAAAAAA